CGACCUGGGACUUAAUAAAAAUGCAUCAAAUUGGAAUCCAAUUUAAUUUGUAUUUAUAUAGCACCGAUUCACAACAGAAAUUAUAUCAAGGCACUUUACAUAUGGAACAAGUCUAGAACCACACAACUCGCACUUUAACUGGAAUAAAAGACGAUUUAUGGGCAUUUGCAAUUGUGUAUUAUGUUGCUGUUUUAUAUCACCAUUCCUUUGCCAAUUAGCUGCACACGUGGACAAAAUUGUUGGUACUCCUCUGCUAAUGAAAUAAUGGCUACUUUUGUAAGUUUGAAGUUAUUUCAAUGACCAAUGUCGGUUUGUCUUUUACUAACAGAACAAUAAAAACAAAUGUGUCUUAAGUGUGUAGCUCAUCAAAUUACUCAUAUUAAGGGCCAGUUAUUUUCUCAGUUUCCGAGAGUACCAGACAUCUAUCAGGGGUACGGUUUCUUGGGGGGGGCGUUAUUUGUACAAAUAUAUAUUUUGGAUAAUAUAUUUUUGGGCAGCAAGGUGGAGUAGAGAUGAGAGCACAUCUGCCUCACAGUUGAGAGGUCCCGGUUUUGAAUCUCUGCUCGGGGUCUUUCUGUGUGGAGUCUUUAAUGUCCGGGUACUCCGACUUCCUCACAUAUUCCAAGAGCAUGCAAGUUAGGUUUGUUAAAGUUUAAUAUUGUCCGUCGAUGUGAAUGUGAGUGAGAGAGAGAUGAGAAGAACAAAGGCAGAUUGGAUGGAAGAUAUCUGAAGGCAUGAAGCACCCUUGAAUACAACAAAAUCACCAAAUCCUGUGAGACUGUGACAUCGUAGGCAAAGUCAACGGCGUGUGUUUCACCUACUCGAAAGAAGGACGCCCCAGUGGAGAGGCAUUUAUUGAAGUAAAAACCUCGGAGGAUUUCAAGAAUGCUCUUUGUAAAGAUCGUAAAUACAUGGGACACCGAUACAUUGAGGUGUUCAAGUCAAACCGUAGUGAGAUGGACUGGGUGCUGAAGCGUAGUGGCCCUGCUGACUAUGACAGCUCCAGUGGCUGCAUGCUGAGACUCAGAGGCCUGCCCUUUGGCUGCAGCAAGGAGGAAAUUGUUCAAUUCUUUUCAGGGUUGAGAAUCGUGCCGAAUGGGAUUACUCUGCCAGUGGACUACCAGGGGAGAAGCACAGGGGAAGCCUUCGUGCAGUUUGCCUCAAAGGAGAUAACAGAAAAGGCUCGGGGGAAACACAAGGAAAGGAUAGGGCACAGGUACAUAGAGAUCUUUAAGAGCAGUCGCGUCGAGAUCCGAUCUUACCUCGACGAACCCCGGCGGGCCAUCGGGGGCCAGAGGCCGGGGCCAUACGACAGACCCGUGAUGGAGGGCCCCAGGGUAGGCUACUUUGGCUCUGGUCCCAAUCGCGGCGGUUCUCUCAUGGACUCCAUGAGGGGCGGAGGGGGCUACGGGGGAGGUUACGGACAUACUUUUGACAGCUACAAUGGUUUAAAUACCUACGGCUUUGGGAACUGCAUGUUGGAUGAGCGUGUAAGAGAAGAGCGAGGAGCAAGAGGCUACAGUUACAGUCGUCAGGCUGAAGGAGGCUCAAGUUACCACUGCGGCCAUUUUGUCCACAUGAGGGGCUUGCCUUUCCGCGCCAGCGAGCUGGACGUCGCCAAAUUCUUCUCACCUUUGAACCCACUGAGAGUCCACAUUGAUGUCGCUCUCAACGGCAAAUUGACAGGAGAGGCCGACGUCGAGUUUCGCUCCCACGGGGACGCCGUGGCUGCCAUGUCCAAAGACAAGAACCACAUGCAGCACCGCUACAUAGAGCUCUUUCUCAACUCGACAUCCAGCGGAGCUGAAACGAGUCGUGGUGGUUACUAUGGUAAUUCAGGAGGAGGCUCACGGAGCAGCGGGCUGCGAGGCGUAUACUGAUGACACUAUUAAACCGUUUCCUUGCUCAUGUUCCUCAAGGGCAACAUUUUGUCUUCAAGAUGAUCUGACAUUGGUUGUUUUGGUUUUUGACUUUUU